GAUUUAGAUGUAUCACUUCUGAGGGGCAAAAACUAACAUAGCAGUAACCAAUUUUCUUUUGUCUUUUCAAAAACCUCUCAUUUUUUGUUUCAAUUUCUCUAGUUCGUUACUUUUUUUCUCCAUUAUAUUCUUGUGUUUACCUUGUCAGUUCCAUUUUCAGAUUUCGGUUUACAAUGACCUCAAGCUGUCCUCUUCAUGCAGUGAAACUAGGUCUACUUUCUGAUAUUUUUCCAGAAAUUCGAUCUGAAAUUGAAGCUACGCAGUUAAAUGGGCUACCGGGCUUAACUUCGACUAACGCUCUUUGUUUAUGGUACCUUUACAAUGGACUGAAAGGUUCUCCGUCAGUGUCUGAAGACAGACUUCUGUGGGAACAUAACAUUUUGAAGCCGAGUGUUGCGCGCUUCAUUUCUUGCUCUAAAAGUGCAAAGGGCAAUCCAGAUGACGCUUCAUUGAAGGAAGCUAAGAGCUUGUUAGAAGAUCAGUCUCGCUAUUUGUGUUCUGAGCUAUCAAACUCGGAUUUCAGCCUCGCCUUACAACAGGAUGAAACCCUUCCUGCCUUGGAGGACAUAAUUGUUUGGUCAACUCUUCAGCCAGUUUUGAAUUACAUUACUACAAAUCCAGAAUUUGAGGCAAUUGAGCGGUGGAGUUCCAAACUCUGUUCCAAGCACGCAGCCUUUGAGAAGACAAAAAUAAACUUCAAACCAAAGCAAUUUGAGGAAGCAUUAAUUAAAGAGCACGAAAGAUGGGAGAAGUUGGGUGGCUCGUGUCAAACAAAACUUCCAUCUAAAGUUUCAAAAAAGAACAGUGGUGAAAGAUCAUCUUCAUUUACAAGCAAUCAAGACUGGAUCAAUUCUUCAUUCGAAGGUCAACAACGUCCUACGCGACUUGCUCCACUUCUCCCCGUGAAGGGAAAGCGCAAUGUGCUCAUCACUAGUGCACUUCCCUAUGUGAACAACAUCCCCCACCUGGGAAACAUCAUCGGAUGUGUACUCAGUGCAGACGUGUACUCCAGAUUCUGUCGUGGUAUGGGCUACAACAGUCUGUAUAUCUGUGGCACUGACGAGUAUGGCACAGCCACAGAGACUAAAGCACUUGAAGAGGGAGUGAAUCCGAAAGAUAUCUGUGACAAGUACUUCGUCAUCCAUAGAGACGUCUACCAGUGGUUCAAUAUAUCCUUCGACUUCUUCGGAAGAACAACCACCAAGUACCAGACUAAGAUCUCGCAGGACAUCUUCUGGAAGUUGGACCGGAAUGGGUUCCUAGUGGAAGAGUCGAUGGAACAACUGAAGUGUGUUGCCUGUGACAGGUUCUUAGCUGACAGAUUUGUGGAGGGUGAGUGUCCCUUCUGUGGGUAUGCGGAUGCGAGGGGAGACCAGUGUGACGCGUGUGGAAAGCUAAUUGACGCUAGCAAUCUCAAGAAUCCAAGAUGCAAAAUAUGUUCAGCAACACCUCGGCUGGAGUCUUCGAAUCAUUUGUUCCUCAACCUGCCUAUGUUGGAACAAGAACUGGGCGAAACUCUUCAAACUCGCAUGUCUAAAGGCGUAUGGACUGACUCAGCUACUAACAUCACCAACGCUUGGCUCAGAGACGGGCUUAAAAACAGAUGUAUCACGAGAGACUUGAAGUGGGGUACACCAGUUCCGAAGGAGCCGUUCACAGACAAAGUGUUCUACGUGUGGUUUGAUGCCCCCAUUGGAUACAUUUCUAUCACGGCCAACUACUGUGGGGACAAAUGGACACAGUGGUGGAAGAACCCGAAUGAGGUUGAGAUGUUCAACUUCAUGGCCAAGGACAACGUGCCCUUCCACAGUGUCAUCUUCCCAUGUACUCUAUUGGGAGCGAAGGAUGGAUACGGAAUAGUUGACAGUCUCGUCUCAGUCGAAUAUCUCAAUUAUGAGGAGGGAAAAUUCAGCAAAAGUAGAAACGUGGGAGUCUUCGGAAACAACGCCCGGGACAGUGGGAUCCCUGCUGACGUCUUCCGCUUCUACCUCCUCUUUGUGAGACCCGAGUCGCAAGACUCCACCUUCUCGUGGGUGGACUUCGCGAUAAAGAGCAACACGGAGCUCCUGAACAAUCUCGGCAACUUCAUCAACCGAGCGUUGAGUUUUUGUUUUAACAGUUUUAAAGCUGAAGUGCAAGAGAUUUCUUCACUUGAAAAGGCGGACGAGGAUGUUAUUGACAACGUGAACAAAGAGUUGCAGAGCUACAUUGAAUGCAUGGAGAAAGUCAGGAUCCGAGAUGCUCUGUCGAAAAUUCUGAAUGUUUCAAGAUGGGGCAAUGGGUAUAUUCAGAGUACACAGCCAUGGGUACUCAACAAAUCAUCAGAACCCGAAAACAAAGCGAGAGCAGGUGCCAUAAACGCGAUUUGUGUCAACAUCGUUCACAUCUGUGCUCAGAUGUUGGAACCUUUUAUGCCCCAGACGGCGUUUGAGAUCUUCAACCAGAUGGGGUUGUAUGCGUCAUCAGAUGAUCAGAAUGGACUGCCUCUUCUGCCUAAGAGUUUCAUCAGGACCAUACCUACAGGUCACAAAAUUAACAAGCCAGUUCCACUGUUCAAGAAAUUGGAGGAAAGUGAAGUUAUGAAGUUGAAAGAGAUGUACGGCGGGGCUCAACAGGGAAAGAGUCCGGGGGGCAAUACUGGCGGAGGGGCAGCGCUAGUGGGGGUGAAUGGGAAAAGUGUUCAGGAGUUGCAGUCUGCAAUCACAGAACAGGGAGACAUUGUGAGGAAAUUGAAAGCGGCGAAGCCACCCGACAAAAAGAAGAUAAGCGAAGAGGUGGAGAUUUUGAAAAAGUUGAAAUCUGACUUUGAGAAAGCAUCGAACGAGGUUAAGGAGGCCUCAAAAGAGAAUAAUGCACAAGCAGCUAAUCAGAAUAAAGCUGAGGAUUGUAUGCUGAAAUGUCCGUAUGCUGGCAUGUCCGAGGAAACGUUGAAAAAUAUGUGCACAGAACAGGGGAACAAAGUGAGAGCUUUGAAAGCAGCUAAACCUCAAAACAAAGCUGAAAUUUCGGCCCAAGUUGAAAUCCUGAAACAAUUGAAAACCCAGUUGGUCGUUGCUAUGAAAGAAGAGAAAGAAAGGACGGCAACUUACGGAACGGGACCACCUGAUCAGAAUGGAAAGCAAUUGAUUGAUGGCGAUACACCUGGCGAUAAGGAUGUGAAAACGAACGUCACUGAAACGGCCAAGCAGUCGUCUCACCAAAGUAAAAGCCCGACAGCUAAAUCGGCCGCAAAAGAGGAACGGGAACCCGAGGUGUUAAAAGCGACGGUUGAUGAACAAAAUAAAGUAGCAGAAGCAAAGAAAGAAGAAGCUAAAAGGGUGGAGGCGCCACUGAGUCCUGGGUCCAACGAAAAGAAGGAUCCUUUGUCUCCUGAGUCAAGUUGUUCACAGUCAGCAUCUGCUUUAGAAACCAGCUUCAGUUCAACUACCAGUGGAGGCUCUUCGGCAACUUCGGGAACAGAAGGAAGUGCGAAAAAGAAAAAGAAACACAGAAAUAAAAAGAAGUGAAAAAAUGGUCAGCAAGUUGGAGUUUUCUACUAAAUACAAAUGAUUAAAGUGUUUCUUGGCUUAAAAAAUGUGAAUAAAUGCUUGUGUUGGUUACUACGAAUGCUUAAUGGUUCCAAUAACUAUGUGACAAUAUAUUUAAGUUUGUAUAUGAAAUAUGAGUAAAUAUUAACCAUUC